AGCCCUGAGUGAGCAUCGCACCCACUCUGCAGCUUCCCUCCAGCAUCUUCAGACUCUCAGCAGGAUGGCCAAGCAGACCCUCAUCCUCAUCCUCUGGCUCCUUGGUGGUAGCCUCUUCACCGAGGCGACCUACUACCGCCACCACCGCUACAUCCCGCACUUCUACCGCUACAGGGAGCCCUCCGCAAACACAGAAAACCUCCUCCCCGAGGUCGUAAACCCUGUGCCCGAAGUCUCUCAGUCCGGCGUCUCCACCUACCCCGAGGUCCCGGAGGUGUUCCACCCGGCGCCGGAAGAUGUCCACUCCAUCCCAGAGGCUUUCCACCCGGUGCCAGAGGUGGUGCAUCCAGCACCUGAUGCGCAUCACCAGACUCAGGUGCUGCGGCGCGUCCCCGAAGUUUCCUCCCAUGACAGACAUCGAGACAGUCGGGUUUUUUACGGGAUCAUGUUCGAUGCUGGGAGCACCGGCACCAGGAUCCACAUCUACAAGUUCAUUCAGAAGGAUCCCGUGGAGCUGCCUGUUCUGGACAAUGAAAUGUUCCAUGCAGUGAAACCUGGACUGUCAGAAUAUAAGGACAACCCUGAGGAGGGUGGGAACACCAUCCGCCAGCUGCUGAAGAUUGCCAAAAAGACGGUGCCGGAGGAGGAGUGGAGGAGGACGCCAGUGGUCCUGAGGGCCACAGCUGGUCUACGCCUGCUGCCCCAAGAAAAGGCCAAUGCCUUGCUACAGGAGGUGCAAGAGGUAUUUGAAGAAUCCCCUUUCUUUGUGCCAGAGAACAGUGUUUCUAUCAUGAAUGGAGCAAAUGAAGGGGUCCUGGCCUGGGUCACAGUGAACUUCCUCACAGGCCAUUUGUAUUCCAACACUAGGAGGACAGUAGGGAUUCUGGAUCUGGGUGGUGGAUCAACUCAGAUCACUUUCCUUCCAAAGUCAAAGAAAACAAUUCAAAUUGCUCCACCCAAUUUCACUGCCAAAUUCAACCUGUUCAACCAAACCUAUGAACUCUACACACACAGCUACCUGGGAAAUGGAUUAGUUGCUGCCCGCCUGGCAACUCUUGGUGCGCUAGGAGCUGAUGGUCUGGAUUGGAAAGUCUUCACUAGUUCCUGCCUUCCAAAAAAAUACAGGGAAGAAGUGAAAUUUGGAGGAGACACCUAUAAAGUUAGCGGAAUUCCAGGAGGGUAUGCAGGCUAUAAACUGUGCUACUAUGAGGUCAUGAGGGUCGUCAAGGGCAAUUUUCACCAGCCGUACGAAGUGAAAGGAAGCAGCGUCUUCUAUGCCUUUUCCCACUACUUUGACAGAGCUGUGCAGACCGGCCUCGUCAGCAGUCUAGGUGGUGCGGUUGAAGUCAGAGACUUUAAGAAGAAAGCCAAAGAAGUGUGCAACAAAAUGACCAAAUACCGCGCCAUCAGCCCCUUCCUCUGCAUGGACAUGACUUAUAUCACUUGCCUGUUAAAGGAAGGCUUUGGCUUCAAGGACAGCACUGUGCUGCAUCUGGCCAAGAAGGUAAACAAUGUAGAGACAAGCUGGGCUCUGGGAGCGACCUUUGACUUCUUCAGGAACUUCAACAUCCACCAAGACUAGCUGCAAUAGCUGGCACUGAAAGGGACAGUCUGUCACUGUGUGGCCUCCUUUCCUCUGACCACCCGUCCUCGCUUCUUCCCAAAACCUCAGUAUCCUGAAAACACUAAAAGAACUCUUUUUGUUUUUUAUAAAGAAAACAAGAAAUCACUAUAUUUUUAUAAGGCCAGCUUUUUCUACUGUAUGUCCAGCUCAUCGUUGGUGGGUUGAAUUUAUUUUUUUGUAAAACGUUUACAUGUUUAAGGGUGGCAGACCUGAAAUGUUUCUCAGGCGACCGUGUAAAGGGGUACAGAGGGGAACUUUGGAGGCAGUGAUAGGAGCCAUGGUAUCUUGGUGCUUACUGUGGUCCUGGUGUGCGCUGUGCAGAACAGUGGAAUAAAUUUAGACACUAAUUGCUGGAGCCGCAACCACAAUUGUCUUUGUAAAUGCUUGUAAACCGGUCCUUUUCAUUCUAGCCAUAAAUCUUUUUUAUUUUUUACAGUGGCCUAGUUAAUUUGCUCCUACCAUUAGACAAGUAAGACAUCAUAUGAAACAGAGCAGAUGAACAGCUCAUUCCUUAAUGUCGCACAAAACACUUUAACAUUGUAGACAAAACAUAUUUGCUUCUAUUUCUUUUACAGAGUUGUACAUAUUUAUUAUUAGUAAUAUUUUUUUUUUAACAUACAAAAUUUUAUAGGAAAAUGCCUUUUGUGUUGAGUGAAGCAAUAUAGUCUGUUCCUUCAACAGCAUGAAAGGAGUUUUGGACCAUAUUCUAUUGUGAAUAAAGAACCCGCUCACUGAAGGUCCAACAUCAUUAUCUGCAGCCAUUUAAGAACACAUAAACUCAAAUUACAUAAACAUGCCUGGAAACUUAACUUUUUGUGAAUUGUACAUUAUUUAAAUAGUUGAAAAUGUCUUAUUUUGUAUUAUCUUUAGUAAUGUUUUGUCUUACUGCUCUUAAUGCCUUCAUACAGUAUGCCGUGUUUUCAUUAUCUACCAUAUUCACUUACUACUGCUGUACAUACAAGAUGUAAACUUAGUGAAACUGUUUUGCAAUAAAAUGCAUCUACAUGAUAAAAUGUCAUGCCGCACAAAUACCAAGUAAUACUUGUCAGUUUGCAAAGGCUGAAGUCUGAUUGUUGUCUUGUUUUUCAUAAAUGUUGUGACAAUAACCAAACGACAAUGUUUUAAUAAAACGUGAAAAAUGUG